AUGGUUAGUGAGCAGCAGGGCCUCGCGGGCCGUGAGAUCUUGGGCCUCGAGCCACUCGGCCAUGGUAAGCCCGCACUUGGCCUCGACAAACCUGACCCCACAAUCGUUGCACUUGACAUAGGGCCGGCCCGAUUCGGCCCUCCUGAACCGGCCGCACGUGGGCGGGUACUGAUUGAGCCACGUGAACAUUGGCUCCUUGAUCUCCAGCGUGCUCAGCCCCUCGAACGCGGGUCUCUCCAAAUAGUACACGCCCCUCAAGUAGUGGAGCUUCAUGGCCAGGCCCAUGCUCCCGGGCUCAAAGAUCGAGUCUGGGCCCGUGACAUUGCCCGGCCCGACAGACGACAGCUUCACGUCGUAGAUAAGGCCCUUUUCCUCCAUGGGAUGCGUGUGAUUAUAUAA